AUGGAUCAAAACAACACUCACCACGAGUCGAGAGACGAUGCCGAGCGAGUCGAGCCGGGCGAGCUAUUCGAAGAUUGCUGGUUUUUCGACAACUUGCUUCACAGAAAAUCAAGAAUGCUCAGAAGCCUUUCCGAGCCCUGCACAUCAUCAAACUACGCCCAUGAUGAGAAUUCGCCAGGGAAAUCGUACGAGGAGACCUACCGUUCGAUCGAGAAGUUGUCCAUUUGCGACCGCAAAACGGAAAGGCGGAGUUUGAUCAAGGCACAGGAUCAGAAAAUUGAUCCUCGGAGGAGCAAAAGAUCAAACAAAAACAAAAAAUCGUCGAGAUGUUUGAACCGGGCUCCAUCCCUGCCUACUAGCCUCGAGCCAGAGGAGUUCGAAGAUGACGAGAUUGAGUUCUCCAUGGGAAAACUGAUCAGACAAGCUUCUAUGAACUAUUCGGACACUCUGCCUCCCAGGGCACAUUCUACUAAGAGAUUAACGCCAAGUCCCAGCAUAACAAGGCAUAAAAUCAAGGGCUCGGAGGAGCUAACCAGGCCUCAACGUCCGACGAACCAACUCAGAAAGCAGAGAAGCUCCAUCGAGCUGGAGUCCGAAGAAUUUCAAGGGUUUAAAGAUCUGGGAUUCGAAUUCGACGACGAGGAGCUGGCCGUGAUUUCAGGCUUGCGGGACAAGAAGGAUAUCCAAGAGGAUGAAGGGAAAAGCACUAGAGCUCGGAGACCGAUUUCUGCAGAGGCUUGGAGCGCACAGAGCCGCUCUGCGCCGCCGGUGAUGUGGGGCGGGAAGCGUUCGACGGAGGAUGUGAAGGCGCAGAUCAAGUUCUGGGCCAGGGCGGUGGCAUCUAACGUGCGCCAGGAGUGCUGA